AUGCACCACACACAGUCCCGGAGAACCAACCUGUUCCUAUCGACAACGUUGAUCCUGUCAGUCAAGCUGUCGUAUCAUCAUCCGGAAUCGCGCGAUCAUGAGCAGCAGCUCAUCUCAACAUUCCCGAAGAAUCAAGUCCAGAAGUGGCUGCGUUCGCUGCAAGCGCCGAGAUAUGCUAAAGCAUUGAAAUGGUCAACAAAAUACGAGAGCAGCCCACGCACGUCUUUCAGUGUCAACAAAUCUCAUCGUAGCUCCCCUGGCUGGUUUGAGGAGGAGGUUCGGAACGUUUCGCGGGCGAUUUCUCACAUCUCACCCGAGCAUCAGACAACUGUUGAACCACCGACCAUGUCGACAUCAAGAUCCCGAGCGCAAGGUUCUAUCACGAGCUCUGUGGUCACGGUAAUUCGGAGGGGAGUGCUUCUUGUUCAAGCUCCAUCUUCGACAACUACAUCCGACUACGAAGACCACAAUCUUGUUGAUGUCCAGUCACCUGUGAGCGUUUCAAACUUCAUCAGAAGGGGUUCAGCUCCAGAAGAUGCCACUUCAUCGCCCACAGACAUUUGGUACAAUCGCGCAUCAGAGUUCCAUGCCGAUGGCAUGCUCUGUGAGGGAUAUGCUGACAGCACUCUACUCCUUUAUGAACCUCUUGAUCAGAUCUCCCUCCUUUUGCACCAUUACUUUUCGCUCGUUUGUCCAAUAAGCUCGUCAUUCGACUCCAGCCAGAGUCCUUUUCGAUCAAAUGUCCUGGAAAUGAUGGUAGGCUCACGCCUACUCUUUCUUUGCGUCAUGAACAUGUCCGCCUCCCACUUCCAUAGAGACGACUGCACCUCGACCACGCCUCUAAGCUUCCAGACCGAGGCAAUCUCCGAGAUCUCAACAGAGCUGUGCAAGAUCAACAAUUCUGCAAUGGUCAACUCUGGCGAGACGACCAUUGACCAAACAUUGUCUUUAUUGUCGUUACCGUAUCCUGUGAAGGAUGAAGUGCUGCUAGGCAUAAUCCUGCUCGGAAUGACCUCGGUAAGCCCCAUGCCCAUUUCAAGGUGA